AUGACAUGUACGGACCAUUCACCUUCGCUCCCAGGCCCCCAGGAUGCUGAUACAUUUUAUUUAAGACGCUUGGAGCCCGAGACCAGCGAGAGCACGGCAUCUUGGAUGCCUGUGUGGCGUUCAUUCUUGCAACAAUUCCACUCUCACACCCCGGCAAACCACUCACAGAGCGUCUCACCCACUCUCGAGCCAAUAUCAGAUAUGAUUCGAGCUCUAUUCGCCGUUGCGUCCACUAUCCACCACCUUCAGCAUCGCACUGCAUUCCUCGCCAUUCCUAACUUCGUCAUAGAUUCGACUUAUGCUGUCAGCGUUAUUGAUCCGCUCCUUUCGGGCGCUGGGCUGCACGGCUUCCAAUCUAGGCGGUUGGAUGAGUCCAGAGCGGCACUCCUCGGCUUGUACCAGCUCCAACACUGUUAUGGAAUCCACGUCAAUGAAACGCAUCAGAUUCCUGACAUCGAGUGCGAGAAGUAUAACGGUCGCCUCAUCCACUCGUUCCUCAGCAUCCAACUUGAUGCAAGUUACUUUGGCCUCCACCAAAUGUACCGCAAUGAGGGACUGAUCGCCAUCUCUGAAAAUAUGACAGAAGAUCACUUCGAUGGUGGUACUGACUCUCUAGAUGCUCAAGAUCCUGAUCAUUAUUGGAGCUGGGUCAAAGACCGUGUGUCUCAUUUCUCGCGACACGGUGCAGAGCCGAUAGAUCUCCUCAUUCUGCAUGGCACAGGGGUGACACGACCGAAAUUUCUGCAGCUCGUUCGAGAGGUUUUCGCCCACAACGACAAGAUCAAGGCAGAGGAAUACCUCCGUACCGCAGAGGAGCACGCCUACGCUGCCUCUAGGGGCGCUGCGCAAAUCGCCAAGACGGGUAUGUGGACGAAUUUCGAGCACUGCAUUCCUAGAUAUGGCUGUCCUCUUAGCGAACACGCUCCGCCGGAAUUUCAAUGGCGCCAAGCAGAGCAGGAGCCGCGAGAAGAGUGUAGAGAAGAACUUUGA